AACAGCCGUGAGAGUUCACCGCUGUAGCCUGAGGGCAUAUCGAUACUACAAAAGGCGCCUGGUCUUUCUAGGUGAUCGCACUGGAUACUCAGAGUCGCCAUGAAGGUCCUCCUGGUUUUUUUCCUCGUUGGAACUGUCUCCGCACAAUGGAAUGAAAUAUGCAAGCUUUCGCCAGACAAGGGAGUGUGCCGUGCACGAGUUUCUCGUUUCUACUUCAACCAGUCGUCGGGGCAAUGCUUGCCUUUCAUCUAUGGCGGGUGCAUGGGCAACCCCAACAACUUCUGGACAAUCGAAGACUGUGAGGGGGCGUGCAAAAACGCGGUACAAGAUGAAUUCCCGGAGAACGAAGACGGGUCCUCGUACUUUGACACUGCGUGCAAGCCCACUCCGGAGAGAGGAUUCUGCAAAGGGUUUCUUGAUCGCUGGUUCUUCAACGUGACCAGUGGUGCCUGCGAGACCUUUCUUUACAGCGGUUGUGGUGGGAAUCUCAACGAAUACAAAAGCCAGUGGGAAUGUGAAUUCGCGUGCAUGGGUUGAGCAGUUCAGAAGACAUCACUAUCGAAGAAAGUGACGGACAAGUUUCAUCAAAGAAAACGGUUUUUACAUUAUUACUCCUGUGUUACUAACUCUUCAGAUUCAUACAUGCCGCUAAUGUUUUAUUAAGUAUUGCAGCAUUAAUAAGAUUGUCCUCCCUU